GAUAAUGGGUUUUCAGAAAUCUGAUUGUGAAGUCACGAAUUAUUCAUUGUGACGCGGUUUAAACUCUUUGUUACGUUACGGGGAUCAAUGUAAUGUUUCUAAUCCUGGUAUUUUGAUGGGGAAAGUACGGGAUAUUUUGUUACGGCGAGUUAGGAACUUUUAUGCGUUAUAUGCGGCUCGACCGCUGUUGGCUUCGCGUUCAGGGCGCGGUCACGUCGUGUACUCUAUUGCCUAAUAGUUUUGCAAAACGUAAUAAACUGGUUGGGGGCUAAGGCGCAACACGGGCCACUUGUUGGUAGACCGUAGCGAAAACUUAAGACUGUCUAUGUUUGCACAGGGGUCUCCAUUUUCGUAUAAAACGCAUCGGCCAUAUAGCGAUCCAGACGCCGGGUUUCGGAUCAGGUUUUCCCGCGGCGACCACGGUCAUUGACCCGAUGUAUUUGCCCAGAUUGGUCGACGGAUAACGGGCGGAAACUUGACGGCUGUCGCUUUUAAUAAAUCUGCAAACAGAAACCUAAAUCCGAGCACUUUAGGGACCGUUUGAAGUCGAAACGCCAGAAAUGCAAGGAACUUUUAAAAACAUCAAAGAAAGAAUAGUUCUGGGGAAAAUUUUUAAAAAGCUGAAAAUUUGUAUAUUUUUUUCAGUGCUCUUCGGUAAAUUUUUGUACAAAGACUUCUUAUUUUUAAAUUAAUAAUUUACUUUAUUAUAUUUUUAAAAUAUGUAAGCGCGUGGUUUUUGAUUGCCUAUUUUUCUUAGAUCCUAUAACCAUAUUUUGUGCUAAUAGUAUUCCAUCUUACCCCACAGCAAUAAAAUAUUAUAAUUGUCAUAUUUUAUUCCCGUUCAGUUGGUUUAACAAAUUUUUGCAAGCCUUUGUUUCGUCAUUAGUCAUUGUGACGUCACAAUACCCCGUUCGCACCUGUGCAAAUGAACAGCACGGCGAUUCAAUUGUUACGUCAUAGUUGAGCUUUGCGUCAGAGCGUCCAGCGCGUAUUGUGACGUCACAAGAGCAUAUGUCCAUUACAAUGAUGUUGUGUUAGCAUGGAUUAGCGACCGCGGGCGAAUGUUUGAGGAAAGAAUUAAUUCUGACGCUUUCCGGGCGGUAAAAUAACUGAACGCAAACUGUAAGCGGUGAAGACACGCGAAACCUCAAUUUUUAAGCAGAUUGGGCAAAAGAUUUUACAGGUGUGUUUUAACGUAGGCACUAACAUAUAGUGCUGUGGGGUAAGAUGGAUACCGUUAGCACAUAAUAUCCCAUAUUUCCUAAUUGUGUUUUUAACAGUUAACAACGCUCUUUUAAAGUCGUGAGGAUACGGUUAGUUAAUGCCAAAAAAAUAGGAAUACCAGCUUAAAAAUACGUCUUUUACAUAUAGUUGACAGUUAGUUUUGUAUAUAUGAAUACACCACUUAGCGGAAGAAGGAUUAACUACUUAGUGACACUCGGCACAACUUGGCGACACGCGAAUUGUGACAACCUCUCACGGGGAUUUAUUUUUGUUAUUUCAACGUCGCAUUCGAACACCUGGAUUUAUUUUGUCCCCGAUUUUCUCACGCCCACUUUAUUUAACACACACGUGAUGUCGCUGUUAAUCCAACAGAAAAUACCAUUGAUGACGACAUGAAAGCUAUUGUUCCGUCACAAGCCGAAAUCAAAACACAACUUAUUCAAAGCUGGACUAAUAAAUCAGGAAGGGGUUAUAAACCGUUCUAUAUAUGAUCGAGCUCCUAUAAGCCUAAAUCGUGUAACGCAAUAGAUCAAGACUUUGGGUUAAAAGCCGGAGUUAGCCCAUUAACCUAGUCCUAUAGUAUACCGGCGAUAACAUGAAAAAUAGCGAAUUUUAAAGACCCGCCUAGCCCACCGUACACUCACUGUACAUGGCCACGUGGAGCUUACUGCGGUGGGAUUCGAACCCAAGAAAAGGCGUUCCUUGCCUCGCACCUUCUACAGUGCAUGGAUGGCUUCAUAUUCGUGUUGGGAGCGGAUGGGAAGAUUAUGUAUAUGUCGGAGACUGUGUCAGGACACUUGGGACUUUCACAGGUUGAAUUGACAGGCAACAGUAUAUACGAGUACAUUCAUCCAGGCGAUCAUGACGAAAUGAAGGCUGUUCUAACUGCCCCACCACCUCCCUGCAUUAACCCAAGCUACCCACAAGUCUGUCCCGAAUACGAAGCCGAGCGUUGUUUCUUCACUCGCAUGAAAUGUGUGCUGGCUAAAAGAAACGCUGGUCUUACUAGUGGAGGUUACAAGGUGAUUCACUGCACUGGUUACAUAAAGAUACGUUACUUUAUGUUCGAUCAAUACGAUGGCAGUGGAGGAGGGUGCUAUCAUAACGUGGGGGUGCUGGCGUUGGGGCAGUCCCUACCUGCUACGUCACUCACUGACGUCAAACUGUAUUCGAAUAUGUUCAUGUUUCGCGCAAGCCUCGAUUUCAAGCUGAUAUUUAUGGAUCAACAAGUGUCGUCGCUACUGGGUUUUGAACCGCAAGACUUAAUAGAAAAGACAUUAUAUCAUUACGUUCACGCAGGCGACCUGUUCCAUCUAAAGGAAUCCCACCAGAAACUGCUAAACAAGGGGCAAGUGAAGACGAAGUAUUAUCGCUUUCUCACCAGGCACGGGGGAUGGGUGUGGGUGCAAAGUCACGUCACAAUCGUCCAUAACAGCAGAUCGUCGCGUCCGCAUUGCAUUGUUAGCGUUAACUACGUCAUAAGUGACGUAGAGAAGCGAGACAUUGUGAUGUCACAACACCAAAUAGAACCUUCCAAAGUCAACCAUUUUAAUGUGAAGUCGAGCGGUUCUAGUAGGAGCAAAAAGAGAAAAACGAAGAGCAAAGAGGAGAAAAAAGUUUACACCGGUCGAUUACGUAAUAGGGAAAAAACCACGAAUUAUUCCGAGUCGAGUCCUGACCUUGCUGUUGCUACGAACGACGAUGACGUAACGAAUUACGUCACAAACGGGAAUUCCCAAACUUCUGAUAACGGAAGCAGUCCUAAUGACGUCACGUAUUACGAAAAUGAUAAUUACACGUCAUCGAAAACAGUAGACACGUAUGACGUAAGAGCUACGUCAUCAAAAACCGUCGUACCACACGCAAAUCCUACAGAGUCUAGUUAUGAACAUUAUAGAACUCACGAGCGCCAUCUGACGGCUAGCGAUCAGUACAGGUCGUACCAUCAUCACGUGUUAUAUCAUUACCAUCAUCAUCACCAUCACGGGUUCACGAACGAACCGUUUCACGAAUCACGAGAUGAAAGGAAACACUACAACCCAUACACAGGUCCUUGGAAUGGAUAUCAGCAAUAUUACCCCUCAAGUGACGUCACACAAGUACCUCGACCAAUCAAAUCGCGAGAAAGCCCCGAACUUUGCAGCGACACCCAGUGUCCGAACGCUACCGGAAAAUCCGAACGAUGUGACGUCACAGAACGAAAAACAAACGAACGACGAUACGCGAGAAGAAACUCUGUGACGUCAUCGUGCCGUUUUGCCCCAAACCGGAAGCCGCCGUAUAUGACAUCUUAUGACGUCACAAAUAAUAUGACGUACGACGCUAAAUUAGCGGUACAGCAAUUACAAGCCGACAGAACGAUCGCACAUAGGCCAAGUUACCCUCCUUAUCUUCACACGACUUAAAACAGCACUUGCGAGAUAUGCAAUAGUAAAAGCGCGAAUCGUUGUCAACCCAGCUGCAAUCAACCUUGCGCCGAAUUCUCGAAUGUUCCUUAUGACGUAAUUGCACUUUAUUACAACAAACCAAACCGUGA